GUGUGUGUGAGUCAGGCGAGGAGGAGACGCGGCGGUUGCCAUUUUGAGGGCUUCUCCGCUCGGGCUGCUGCCGCUGCUUCUUCGCCGCCUUCCGCGCCGCCCGGACCGAGAGACUCGCCUGCGCCAUCCUUCGCCUCAGAGGGGACAGGAGCGGGGGCUUCUCUCGCUCUCUUGCCUCUUUCCCGCCGUAGGAGCCUGUAGCGCAGGGACUUUUCCCGGCCCGGCCUCGCUUCGCCGCCGCCUCUUCCUCCUCCUCCUCCUCCUCCUCUCGUCCUUCCUUCCUCCCUCCCGCCGCCUCCGCCGCCACCAUUUGCCACCCCCCGGCGGCUCCGGGGCGCCGAGCUUAGGCUAUGGGGACCAGGCUGCUGGGACUGAGCAGCGGCAGAGCGGGCGGCCCGGUCACCGUGAACAGCGCAGCGGGGAUGGCGGAGCUGGGCGGCUUCUUGGUGGCCUUCUCUUGACAUGGCUCCUGCCCGUGCUGCUAGCAGCGCCGCCGCCGCCGCCUCCACUGCUCCACCCGCGCCCGCCGGCUGCGGGUAGCGAGCCAGGCCACGCCACAGUCUCCGGUCCGGUUGGGUGUCUCUUGCCGCCUGAGCCUCCCGCCGCGGGGGCUUCCAAGGAGAGGGGGGGGGAAACCGCCUAAUUAUUAUUAUUUUUACGAAGAGGGUGUGCUUGUGUGUGCUUUUUUUGUUUUUAAAAAGCACAACAACUAAACAGCUAAUAAAAAAAGGGGGAAGGACGGGUUAGUAAUCCUUUUUUCCUUUAAAUUUUUUUUUAUUUGUUUCCGGGAAAACGCGUUUUUUCCCUUUCCAAAUUUAUUCAAGUUCGCUGCGACAAAAGCCUCUUUGCAAACUCAUUUUUUUCCAAUUGAAAUUUUUUUUUGCGUGAUACUUCCCUUCCUCUCCCUUUUUUCCCCGCCCCCUUUUUUUCUUCCCCCCUCCCAAGAACCCGAGUUGUUGGUUGUUGACCAUGAAUGCAAGAGUGAAUUCCGGGCCGUAGACUUGAGUGGCCCCCGCUGCGCUGAGCACAGGCCCGCCUCUUCCUCUUGAGCAAGGAAGGGAACAACCCUCGCAAGGAGGCCAAUCGCAUCAGCCAUGCCCAGCCCCAAUUAAAGCGGCAGAGGGGAGGAGAUUUUUUUUUUUGUCCUGCCCGGGGCUUAGACUGAGGGAAGGAAGGCUAGUGGGGUGGGUUGUAGGCCUCUCCCUCCUAGGGGAGUGCUAGAUCGAGAGAUCGACUUGGGAUUCAAAAGGCCAGAUAAUCUCCCAAAUCUUCCCUCCACCUUUUUAUCAAUGGCCACCAUGAUCCCUCUUCUCUCCCACAGCCGCAGCCUCAGGGCAACCAUGUGCCUGAUGAUGAGCAGGAUGAAGUUAGAAAUGACUCUGCUGUUUUCCAAACUCCUUGCUCCUCUGCAAACCAGCACACUGUUGUCUGUGGUUGAUUAUUUUGUUGUUGGUAGGGAAACGUCUUACCUCCCAGGACAUCCACUCCUGUUCUGCACUCCCUCCUUUGCUUUCUACCAAGUCGAAUAAUUCUUGAAAAAAGAAAAAGCCAGGCAGCAUAGCAAUAGCAGAGAUCUUGAAAAUAAUCAGCAGUCAUGAAUCUGGGCGGGAUAGAACACUGUCUUUAAUUUCAGUUUUUUGGGGGGUGGCAGCGUGGGGCAAGAAACCCGCCCAAAUGGAUUGGGUCCAUGCCCGUUAUUGCUUUUUAUUCUACACACAAAUUGUGAUAAGAUUUUUUUCCCAUUCUUGCCCACUUAUUCCUGUGGUUUAAACUGUGUAUAUCAGUGUAUUUUCUUCAAAUUUCUUUGGGCUUUUGACAAUACUGCGCAAACUUUUUGUCCAAUGAUGUUUGGACUAAUAGUUACUUUGUUUUAUGACCCCUCUAAUAAGACAGUCUUGUAAAACAUUUGCCUAAGGUGCAUUUUUGGGUUACGCCUGUGUUCUAUUGAUUCAGUGGUAUUAGCAGGAAUAAAAUGACUUGUUUCUGUUGUACUCGAGUCUUAUGAAAAAGGGCCCAUAGUUUAGUGAAGGUUUCAAAAGGCUUUAGUACCAUCUGUAUUACAAAAUGGGGGACCCAAACUCCCGGAAGAAACAAGCUCUGAACAGACUUCGUGCUCAGCUUAAAAAGAAAAAAGAAUCUCUAGCUGACCAGUUUGAUUUCAAGAUGUAUAUUGCCUUUGUAUUCAAAGACAAGGUAAUUUCCUUUUUGGUUGUUCGACUUUUGUAUUGAGUGACUCUGUACCUCUGUUAGCACUCUCAAAAUUACAAUCCGAGAAUGAAUGUGGAGAGCAUUGUAAAAAUCUGUUACACUGUGUUUUCAUCAUGCCUAGGCUGUAGCUUUGAUGUUUAGUUUUGAAUCAUGAUGUUCAUUCCUUAUGCUGGGUAUCUUAACAAAACCUUGCACAGCUUUCAAAAUGUGCCAUGUGAGAGUUAAUACUGCAUUAUGGGCUAUGGUUGUACACAAAUCUGGGGAAUACGUAAAACUGAAUUUUAGAGACUCAGCACUUUGGAUUUUAAUGGGAGAUGCAUUUUUGCUUAAGCAUGUGCUUCAGCAUCCAUUUAUCUCUAAAUUUAGGUUUGCAAUAAGUUUAGGGUGUUACCCAGUUCUUAGGUUUGCAGUAAGUUUAUUUUUCUUAAAUUUUAAAAGCAUUGUAAUGACAGACUGCUUAGAAAUGAAUGAAAUGCAACAUGUUCUUUGUUUUCCCUCAUUAGAGGAAAAAGUCGGCACUCUUUGAAGUGUCUGAAGUGAUACCAGUCAUGACCAAUAAUUAUGAAGAAAAUAUCCUGAAAGGCGUGCGGGAUUCCAGCUAUUCCUUGGAAAGUUCCAUAGAGCUUCUACAAAAGGAUGUGGUUCAGCUGCAUGCACCCCGCUAUCAGUCUAUGCGCAGGGUAAAACAUUUAAUGUUCUGUCAUUUUGUUUCAGAGAUCAACAUUUUAAAAGGCUAUUAAUGCUGCUAGUAAUAUUUCUAUAUCAAAGAUCUAGAUAUAAUCAGCAGGAUUAAAAGAACUACUUUAGAUGUACCCAAUGACUUACAUGUCUUAGUGGGAUUCCCCCCCCCCCUUUGAACAGACUGCGCACCAAACCGCUGAUGGAACUUUUGCAGCAUAGAGGGGGUUGAAGUGUGGGUAUGUGGUUUGACGUUCAGUGUGUCGCUGCGUAAGGGUUUUUUGGAUUCUGCCUAUCAGGUGGUAAAUCUGUACAGUGGACCCUCGAGUUACGUACCGCUCUUGAUACGUAACUUUCAGGUUGCGAACGUGGCAAACCCGGAAGCGUAUACUUCUGGGUUUUGCCACGUGCACAUGUGCAGAAGUGCUUUGCGCACUGCGCGUGUGCGCAGAAGCGGCGCCUCCAGUUAAGGGCUUUUCAGGUUAAGUACGGACCCCCGGAACGAAUUUAAUUCGUACCCGGAGGGUCCACUGUAUUUGAAUAUUUAGUAUGCUUUGUCUAGUAGACACACUGAUUUACUUGGGUCUUUGACACCAUCCACCCUAUUCUCUUGACUGUCAUUUAAGUUAUUUUAAUGUUGUAUUUUUAAUUGUAACCCACCCUAGGACAGGUGGAUAAUAUUAAUACUACUGCUAAAUAAUAAUAGUUUUGUUGCUGUUUUGCUCUAUCCCUCUUGUAUUGUAUACAUCACUUAGAAACUUUGUUAUUAAGUGGAAUAUAAAUUAUUUAUCUAAGUUUUCAUUAUCCUGGCCCUCAAUAUUUUAACAAGUUUGUCUCUUGGUAAAAAUAGAUGUGAGAAAGAAGCAUGGAGAAAAAAUUAGAAUUGUGGAACUGGAAUAUUGGCAGAGACAUCUCAGAUGAAUGAUUGCUUUAUAUCUCUUGCAGAAAUUCAACAUAGUGGCUUAAGUUCUAUUCUGAGAGAGGAGGGGCUGCUUCUGUUCACAAUUCAGCAGAGGCUUAUCCUGGUGGAAGGGGAAGCAACUUUUGCAAAGCCCCUUCCCCCACUGUUCUAUAGGGUUUCCUAUCCCUCAAACCUUUUUUGCAGGGUGGGAACAAGAAUUGCAUAGGGAAGUGAGAAUUGUAGAAAGCUUCCUCCCAUUUCUGGCAGGAGUGUCCCAUGUGUGGGAAGGGAACUCCGGAUUCAAUUCAUACCUGUUGAACUGAAACAAAAUAGGGAAUAAACUCUUAAGCUAAAAAUACAAUUACUAUAAGCUGUGUUUUUGAAUUUAAAUAUUCUUGAUGAAGACAGCAAGACAACAUAAAAAUGUAAAUGUGAUAAAAGUGGGUGUAUUUGCCGAUUGGCAUCUAAAAAACUAUCCUGAGGACAUCAUUUUAGUUUGGGCAGUUUUUCAAAUCCAUAAAGUUCCCAUAAGAAUUAAAUUACUGGGACUGGGUUCCGAUUUCCACAUUAUAAAUGUUAAUGUAAAGUUAGCAGAUAGGCAGGCUGUGUUGUAGUGCUUAAGAAUAAAAUCCUAUUGUUACCAAUGUAUGAAAGGUAUACAAACCAUUUGAAUUACAAUUAUAUUUGCUUCUCAAACGUGUGUGUGUGUGUGUGUGUGUGUGUGUGUGUGUGUUCUCCCACUAGAUUGUUGGGACACUAUUAAUUUUAUUCAUGUCCUUAACAGGAUGUGAUUGGCUGUACGCAAGAGAUGGACUUCAUACUUUGGCCUCGGAAUGAUAUUGAGAAGAUAGUCUGUCUUCUGUUUUCUAGGUGGAAGGGAUCGGAUGAUGAGCCCUUUAGGCCUGUUCAGGUAUGAUACAGGUCCCAGGCAGAGUGCUACUAAAACCCAAAUAAGCCAUUAGCACUUUUAAUGAAUACCACUUUUUCUUUAUGGUGGUUAUAGUGAAUUGUGGUAUAUUUUUGUAAUCAUUAAGGUGUUUGUAUGAUUACAAAAGCAGAAUGUUGCCACUGAAUGUACCUAAGCAGAUGUUUUGAAGUUGCUUAGUUUAUUUUGUCUCUUGAUUGGUAAACUUGCCAGAAGCUUUUACCAAUAAGUAUGGAGUACUGCGUCUGCGAUAGUCGUCAUUUUUGUUUACAUAAAGUUAAAUAUGGGGUUCUUCAAAUGUACUGCCAUUAGAAAAGGGGGAGAUACUGACGUAAUAAUCAGUCUAAUUUAAACUAUAUCUCCAUUAGCCAUAAUUUCAAGUUGUACCUGAGAUUUUUCUAUUCUGCACUUGGAUGCAUUGCAUAUGUGAACCUUGACUUUAGAUUGGUGUUCCUUGAACAUAUUUUAUUUAAACCUUUUUGUUAACAUAUUCCCCACCCCACCCCACAGGCCAGGUUUGAAUUUCAUCAUGGUGACUAUGAAAAACAGUUUCUGCAUGUACUGAGCCGAAAGGACAAGACUGGAAUUGUUAUCAACAACCCUAACCAGUCAGUGUUUCUCUUCAUUGACCGACAGCACUUGCAGGUAGCCAUCUCCCAGUGCAUACCUGUUUUUCCUUAUGCUCUUGUUUGCCUCUUUUCUAUUAUUUAACAGCUGUCUGCUUGGCUUCACUACAGUCAAGAGGUACACAUACAGCCAGUUUUGUCAUGACAGAAUGCUAAAUGAUCAGCAUUCCUUUUCUAUGGCAUAAUGUGCAAUAUGUUCCAAACAGUAAGUUUGUGGGAUAUACUUUAUAAGUAUUGAGUUGCUCUGCCUUGAGUGCAGUGAAGCCAUCUGAUUGGGUGUAUUUCUAUUAGAUUUCUGCUCGUCCGCUUUUGAAACAAUAAGGAUUUGUAUAUGUACUUAAGCGAGAAAAGAUGGUACAGGUCCCCAGCUGGAGAAGGCAGAUUUUAGAAAUCUGGUGAUCAAUUUAUAUAUUCAGCAAGCAUCAUAAAUUCUUUGCUAUGCUUUUAUGUUGCGCCACCAUUAGUUUCAUUUUCUGUUGCUUUUGAAAGGAUGAGUUGAGGCAAUAUGUGACGUUUGUUUUUACACACAGUGCUGUUUAUAUAAUAUACUCUGUCCUGAAAUAAUUUAUGUAUCUCUUUCCAGACUCCAAAAAACAAAGCUACAAUCUUCAAGUUAUGCAGCAUCUGCCUAUAUCUGCCACAAGAGCAGCUCACCCACUGGGCGGUUGGUACCGUAGAGGAUCACCUCCGUCCUUACAUGCCAGAAUAGGGUACUGGCCAGCAAAAUGGGGAAGAUCACAGAAUGCAGGAGUGCAGUUUUCACUUUUCUCACCAUUUAUUCUUUCGGAAUAGAAGAAAAUGGACACAUGUUCAGAACACUAUCCAUCGUGGAACUUGAUCAUCCUGGAUUGUUUUCUUUUAUCAUUUGUAUCUCAGAACUUUUAAAUUUUUUUUUAGAUGUUUUCUGCAUGGACCUUGUGAAAGAGAAUGCUCUGCAUAUUUCUGCAUUGUAUGAGCAUCCUACCAAAAUGUGAAACGAAGGGACUGUUAUACACUGAAAGAAAUGUAUCUGAGAGCACAAAGUGAUCAUAUAUGGUGGUGUUCCCAUUUGUGCUGGUCAUGUCCCCUAAUAUCAGUAUUCAUAGGGUGAAGAAUGAAUGUAAUGGUGUGAAAGCCAUAAGCUUUGCUGUUAACACGAUUGUAUCAGGUUCAUGAAUAGGUCUAUGGCUUGUUACAGUAGAUGGCUAAAUGUGGGAAAGAAAUCUUUUAAGGAAAAAAGAGCAUCUCAUUUGGUGUAGGCAUUAAUUGCCUCUUUUAUUUUGCUUGGCCUUGUUUGAGUUUCCUGGCAUUCUCACUUUCGGAUCUCUUUCCCCAGUUUGCUGUGUAACUAAAUGUAGAGUGUUCUGUUGAGUUGAAUACAUUUUUACAGACCUGGAGUCUGAAGUAGCCUAAAGCAGCUAAAUUUAAGAUAGCAGCUGCAGAAACCACGUUGGCAGAGGAUUAUUAUUUUUUUCCUGACAGUUGACUUGUGAACUGUAGGAAAUACUGGUUUCCAAAACAUUUCUUAUGGAAGACCCUCUGAGGUUCUUUUUUGGGGGGAGGGGAGGAAUAAAGCAGUUGUGGAUUUAAUUGUAAAAUAUUGUUUGGAGUGUCAAAGUUGGUUUUGACAGAACAUAUUUUGUUUAAGAUUGUGCAAUGAACAUAAGGAAGACUACUGUAUAGCUUUGGCAAAGGAAGCUUUGCUUAAAGGGUUGAGUAAUUUGACUGAAGUAAAUCUGUAUAAGCCUACUCCCUUUGGGUAAAACUAGUGCUUAUCUGUUUAAAAAAAUCUGUAUUUAGCUUUUGUUUGGAAUUGGAAAAAAAUUAAAAAAAAACAAAUUAGGUGACCAAAGACUUCUACGUUCAUUUAUUUUAAAAACUUGUAGACACUAGCUUAUGACAUGUCAUAGCCAACUUUAGGUAGACAAGUCUUUGCAUAUGACAACAGUUAGAUACAUCAAAGCGUAUCGUAUGCAAAAUAAGCUGGAGAUACCAAUUCAAAAUCUAUUGGCAGUAACAAUAAAUUAAGUUUCCUGGUUU